AUGGAGGAGCAACCUCUGGCUCUAACUGACUCUCUGCCUCCAAGGCCCGGCAGAGGGAACCUCCCAGGCCAGGCAGAGGGAACCUCCAAGGCCCGGCAGAGGGAACCUCCCAGGCCAGGCAAAGGGAACCUCCAAGGCCAGACAGAGGGAACCUCCAAGGCCAGACAGAGUGAACCUCCCAGGCCAGGCAGAGUGAACCUCCCAGGCCAGGCAGAGGGAACCUCCCAGGCCAGGCAGAGGGAACCUCCCAGGCCAGACAGAGGAACCUCCCAGGCCAGACAGAGGGAACCUCCCAGGCCAGACAGAGGGAACCUCCCAGGCCAGGGAAAGGGAACCUCCCAGGCCAGACAGAGGGAACCUCCCAGGCAAGGAAGACUGAACCUCCCAGGCCAGGAAGAGGGAACCUCCCAGGCCAGACAGAGGAACCUCCCAGGCCAGGCAGAGGGAACCUCCCAGGCCAGGAAGAGUGAACCUCCCAGGCCAGGCAGAGUGAACCUCCCAGGCCAGACAGAGGGAACCUCCCAGGCCAGGCAGAGGGAACCUCCCAGGCCAGGCAGAGUGAACCUCCCAGGCCAGGCAGAGGGAACCUCCCAGGCCAGGCAGAGGGAACCUCCCAGGCCAGGCAGAGUGAACCUCCCAGGCCAGGCAGAGGGAACCUCCCAGGCCAGACAGAGGGAACCUCCCAGGCCAGGCAGAGUGAACCUCCCAGGCCAGACAGAGGGAACCUCCCAGGCCAGGCAGAGGGAACCUCCCAGGCCAGGCAGAGGGAACCUCCCAGGCCCGGCAGAGGGAACCUCCCAGGCCAGACAGAGGGAACCUCCCAGGCCAGGCAGAGGGAACCUCCCAGGCCAGGCAGAGUGA